AUGUUCGUGGCGGCCGCGGAGAGUGCCGCCCUCUGGCGCUGCAAGUCCUGCGGCAAGGAGGUGUCCAACCGCUGGCACCACUUCCACUCGCACACCGCGCAGCGCUCGCUGUGCCCCUACUGCCCGGCCACCUACAGCCGCAUCGACACACUGCGCUCUCACAUGCGCUUGAAGCACGCCAAUCUGCUGCUCAAGCAC